AUGGAGAAGAUCAUUAAGAAGGCCUUGAUGCAGUUCCUGGAGCAGCACCAUCUCCUUUCUGAUGCCCAACACGGCUUUCGAAGUGGUAGGUCCUGCCUCACGAAUCUGCUCUUUACGCUCGAACGCUGGACCAAAGCACGCGAUGAAGGUAAUGUGGUGCACGCCAUCUACAUCGACUUCAAAAAGGCCUUCGACAGCGUUCCCCACCAACGUCUCUUGCACAAACUGCGCAACGCUGGAAUUCGUGGACGCCCUCUUGUAUGGACCCAGAGCUUUUUGGCUGGACGGUCCCAAAGAGUGCAGGUCGGGCGUCAACAGUCCUCAGAGGUAAGCGUGGUGAGUGGCGUCCCACAGGACUCAGUCCUAGGUCCCACGUUAUUCCUCGUUUUCAUAAAUGACUGCGUCGAGGACUAA